AUGUGUGAAGACGCACUCUAUGCCGCAGUGACAGCCUGUAUCAAGGAUGGGUUUCAAGAUAGUAUUUCAUCCGCGAUAGUAAUGCUCAUGGUCUGUCUCGGAAAGCUGUAUUCAUCCCCUGCUAGCGUUGACGAGGCCAUUGGUUAUUUGAAUGGCGGGGCACAACUUCUUGCCUGGAUCCCGAUGGAAACAAGCCUCGACCAUGCACAGGCUCAUGCGCUGUCGGCCAUGUGUUUUGCAAAGCUCUCCAUGCUCUCAACAGCGUCCGUCUAUCUUCAACGUGGAUCGGCUAUUUUGCACCGGUUUCUUCUAGAGAAAGUUCUAAAGCCGCAUGGAACAAAGCUUACCACGCGAACCACCAGCAUCCGGCUAUACUGGGUGCUACUGAACAUGGAGCGUGACCUCAACUCGGAGACGAAACUCGAAUCAAGCAGCCAACUAUCGGAAUUAGAAGACCGCCUGCCACUUCCCUUCGAAUGCAUGGCCCAGGAGCCAUCCACGGCCAGCCAGCUGCACAGUCCAUAUGCCUCCGUCAUCGACUCGUGCUACUCACUCUUCCUGGCCGAGACAAGCCUCCGUCAAAUCCUGUGGCGAGUGGCAUGUGCCCCCGAGCUCCAGGAAUCAACGGCUCAUAAUCCCCAUCCAUCGCGUGCACUGGAGGUGAUUGCAGAGCUCGAAGUACAAUUAUCCGAAUGGCUGGUUUGUAUUCCCGGAUCGGCCGGCUGGUCACCAGUCGCCGGGGCCGGCACGAUUAGCUCGUUGAGCAGCCGGAUCAAAUUGCAGUAUUGGCUUUGUCGAUUCCAUAUUUACAAGGUCGCGUUAUAUCGCAGCUUCCAGGUGCCAUAUCAGAUGGUCUUUCCGGAAUCGAUCUCGCAAACAUGGACUGAGGCCACCUUGGUGGCGGCAAUGAACUGUCUUUUGGUUUUUGUGUCUGAGGGCGUCGUUCCCGAAGAUAUCAUGACAAAUCGGUAG